AUGCCGAAAGAUACUGGUCGUGCCAGUCAUAGUUACAGCGGCCGUGGUAUGCGGGUGUACAAUGCACCCGUAUACCACAAUGCUGCCCCCGUGCGGCGUCCGGGAGGAAACGCCCGACGAUGUUACAGGUGCCAACAGGUGGGUCACCUGGCGAGGAAUUGUGACUCCCCCUGCGUGGUACCUGCGGCAUCGCCGGGCGCCUCCUCGUCGGGGCCGCAGCAGCAGAAACAACAGCAGCAGCAACUUCAGCAGGAGCGGCAACCGCGACGGCAGCGGCAACCGCAACAGCAGCAGCGGGGGUCGAGGCGGCGGGGCCGUGAGUUAAGUUUUGUCGGUCAAACGCCGAGGGCUGUGGAGGAGCCGGCCGCAGCGUCGACCCCAAUAUCGACGGGUGAGGAGGUGGGGUUCACGACCGCCUCCUCAACACCUGUAACUCCCACUGUGAUCGGGUCGGCAGUCAGUGGACGGUGGGUGGUGAUGGAGGCUGGUAAGUUUCAAUUGGACGAUUUUGUCUACUUCAUAAUUUAUUUAACAAUUGUAUUUUUUUUAAAUAUUUUUCAGAAUGAAUAA